AGUCGCAGUAGCUUGGAAGUUGGAUGUUGUACAUAGGUUUUUUUAAAAAAAUGAUGGAUCUUGCCGAUUUCGGAUUAUCAUUAUUUUCUACUUGAUUUCUCAAUAGUGAACAAUGCAUCUCGGUGGAUAAAUACUACUUUAAACUGUAAGUUGCAUAUUUUUGAGAAUGGAAGAGGAUUUGCUACCACAAAGUUGAGUUCCUUACGAAAGAUUAUUGCCUUUCACUCUCAGAAAGAAGUUGAGCCAACAAUGACAAUAUUUUAAAAACUCUGUGACCGGCGUGGUGACGUAAGUCAUCCUAACAUAAAUAUUGUGCAAUUAAUCAAGGAAUAGAUACACUUUUAACCAAGUGGUUGCUGGUAGAACGUUUUUCACAGAAAUGUACGGAGGUGGGUUCAACAACAAUGGGGGCAGUGGAAGUGAGUGGAACCCCUGGAUUGGCGGAGGAAUGCAGCAGGGAGCUCAAAAACAGAAUCAAAGACAACCAGUUGCAACUCCCCAAAAUCAGUUCCAGCUUCAACAAGGCCAACAACAGCAAAUACAAACCAAUUUAAUGGGGUACGCCGGUUAUGGAGUUCAAACGCCAAGUACUUAUUCUGCUGGUAUGGUCAACCCCAAUAAUAAUAUGAACCAACAGCAAUCUCCUAUGAUGGGCAUGGUUGGAAACAGUGCUUGGGCAAACGCUAAUGCUAACUUGAUGAACAUCAAUCCGUACAUGAACAAUAAUAAUAACGCGUUCUUCCAACAACAAAAUGCAUUUAUGCAACAACAACAAAUUCAACAACAAAAUCAGCCACUGUUCCAAACCAAUGUUGGAUAUCCUAGGCCAAAUCCUCAGCCUCCUCUGCCACCAGGACCUCCACCAGAAGAUUUGAAGCCACGUAAUUCUUUUUAUGGAGAAAUUACUCCUCAUCAAUUACAAUUACAGCCACCAUUACCAACAGCAGUCCCGCCGAGUUUACCUGUUAAUCCACCCACACCUGCGGCACCCCCUCCGCCACUACCACCACAACCAACCAGUCAGGCUACCAGCUCGAAAUUUAACCAGAAUUUUAGUAGCGCUGCCACAACUGCUAGCAGCACUACUAGUUCUAAUACUAUUGCUACCCCUGCUGCUGGAAAGCAAAGUCAACACAAUUCUGACCCACAAAUUCCAGAUGUGGUACUAAAACUACUUCAAAAUGCGGAAACUGCUCGACAAUUUCAACAAGCUACGGAAACAUUAUCUAAAGUGAACCCAUUGAUGGCUUUAAACGUCUCUCAAGAUUUGUUUGGUAGCAGCAGUCAAAAUAACAAAGGAAUUCCUGGCUUGGAUUUUAUGGAUGAUGACAAAACAAAAAAAUCUCCAAAUCCAAACGCCCCUUCAGAUGAAAUUGAAACAGUAACACUUGAUAGUCCACAGGGACAGAGUGAUAAUCUUAGUAAUAAUGUGGACAACAGGAAUCAAUCAACCGGUUGGACGACUCAAGGAGGAGUUGUAUGGAAUAGUAACAACAAUAAAAAAACGGAUGAUGGAAUUAAGUGGGAGCUUCGUGAUGAAAUUAAACAGCAGAUAACAUGUAGUACAGCCAUUAGCUCAACUGAAAGUACCCUCCAAACCAGUUGCCCCGAAUCAGGAACUAAGAAACAAGACAAGGAUAAUUUUAAAGAUAAUUUCCAAAUUGGAAGUGAUACGUCUGGUACAUCAAAGUCCGAUUCAUCAAGUAACCAACAAACAGCAUCGUUUUCCGCUAAGAUUCCGUUAGCUCCAAAAGAUGGUAAACCUGUGGAAUAUGAUCGUCGUACUCUAAAAGUAUUUGAUAAAAAAUUUCGUGAUUGGGAGAAACAGUUUGAAAAUUGGAAGACUUCGAAUCUAAACCAUCCAGAUCAUGAUGCGUAUAAUAAAUAUAUGGAUCAAUGGAACCUAUGGAGAGAACAGCUUAUCGAACAAAGGAGAUUUAUUAUUGACAGCAUGAACAAAGCUCGACUAGAGGUCAGCUCAAUGUCUGAGAACAUGAACUUGGAAGACUUGUUAAAAUCUCGCCCUAAAGAGGAAAGCUCAAAAGACGGAACUCCUGCUGUACAAAACAAAACUAAUGUGCCACCGCCUCCCCCUUCCACAAUGCCCAACAAGACAACUGCUCCACCGCCCCGAUUCAGCGACUCUCGUUCCGACUCUUCUUCCUCUUAUGACUUUGCGACACAAUCCCAUCCCAACUUUAAGGCUUCAAAUUUUGAAUCACAACAACGCAUAGCAAAUAUGUCCCACGCUACCAAGGCCGAUGGGCUUAAUACUUGCAAUGACCAAUUUUCAAAUAGAUCUGGCCCUGUCCCUCUUAUGAGUUUACAGCCUAAUAUUCCCCCUACAGAAAAUAAAUCUGGAGUGUUACCAAUAAGUGGAUCCCGCAAUGAGCGAGACAGACCAGUUGAGCGUAUUCCACGAGAUCGUGACAGAUCUGCCAUUGGGCAUCUUGCUGCUGAAGGGAAAAACAAGAAACCACCUCAACCUUCUGUAUCCAACCAACCUUCUGAUCGUGUUUCUAGAGACCCUCAAGACCAUAAACCUGAAGCAAACCCAUUUGCUUUUGAUCAAGUGUCUUGGGAAAUGCCAAAUAAAAGUAAGACCGGAAAUCCCUUCGAAGUAACACCAAAGCAAGACAACAAUCCAUUUGAUAUUGGCCAGUCAGACAAAAAUCCUUUCUCAACUGAUAACCAAUUUUCUUGGGGAUCCAAAUUAAGUGAAGCGCAGACGCCUGCGAAACUACCUACAUUGUCUGAUUUCUUAAGCAAAGACGAUUGCAAAGUUACAGAUGAUUAUUUAAACCGGCGUGGAUUUGGAACAGCAACAAAACCGGAAAUUCAAAAUACUCAAACAUUCGAUGUACCAACAACAUCUCGAUUAGAAUUCACAGCCACUUCCAAAUUACUCCCUUUAGUAGUUGCUAGUAAACCAAAAGACCCAUCGCCCCCUCCUCUCUCCCCACAUGCACACACUGGACCCGAAUCUGUUCAACAACAAACACGGGGCAUUUCUGAAUGGUUUACUCGUGAUCGCGGAGGAGCAGUCGAAGAAGAAGAAGAAUUAACCAAUAAUAACGAUGACUAUUACCAUGAAGGAGAUGACUUUUCUGAUAGUAAUAAUACGCCUGCUGUGAUAGAUUAUGGCCAUGGGACUGGUUCUCGAGACGUUGAGGACGACGAGUAUGAUCUUCCCCGCUGUGAGCGGCCAGUGGCAGAUGGAGACUACAGUAAUUUCGAUGAUAUUCCCUCCAAUAGUGACGUCAUUGAUUAUGGGCAUGGUUCCGUCGCUCCAAAAGGUCCUAUGGGAAUCGACCCUUCAGUUUACAAUGAUCACUUGGAUUACUCUGAAGGAAAUCAUCAUCAGCGUGAAUCACGUGAAAAUUAUCGUGCAACCCACCCUUCAAAUACUUUCAGAGGUGGUCGUGGUGGGCCUAUCCGAGCAAGAGGUCAAGGACGUGGCAGAGGAACAAAUUUUGGUCGACCGCAGUAUGCAUCAUCUGAAAUGCAAUACCCACCGUACAACAAUACUACUGAUUUUAUUGGUGACGACUCAUAUGGAGAUUACAACAGGGAAGACUAUGGACAUCCAUCAGAUCACCAUAUCCCCGAUAAACGUGAGCUACCAUUUGCCAAUCGAGGAAAAGGACGAGGUUUUGCUGCUCGGUUUGGACCACCCGAGACGUUUGAUUCACCUGAUAUUGGUCGUCCUAAUGCUGUCCACAGCCAUUUCCGACAGAAAAGUUACAAUCCAGUAUAUAGUGAAGAAACUGAUGAUGUAAUCAUACUGGAUUCUUCUCCACCAAGAGAGAUAACAAGAUUAGCUCCGUCACGUGAUACCUUGACUGAUCGACGCCCUGCUAAUAGUCGAAGAGAUGACCAGAACCAGGAUAUUAGAAAUAGCCGACCCGAUGAAAGAUAUAGAGAUACAACGACUGAUCGAGUCCGUCGUGAUCCAGAGGAUGAGCGACGGCAACCUGACCGUGAUAAAUAUUCAAAAGGUUAUGACAGAGGUAGACCUCGACAGGAUAUUGGUUCAAAACGGGAUAGGAUUGAAUCUUCCAAUGAAACAGAUAAAAGGAUUCGUCGAAGCCCGUUACUUGACAAAGUCCCAGUCUUUAGAAAUCACCCUGGAUCUCAUGCUGGAGGUAAAAGUGCAGAACAUCUCCCUGCAUCCAACCCCCCACCACCAAGAUAUCAAACGAUUGAUAUCUUGGAUAUUCUCAAUCAGCCGGGAAGGGCCAAGAGACCUUCACAAAUUGUUGUAAUUUUACGAGGUCUCCCCGGCUCUGGGAAAUCUUAUAUUGCAAAGCUCAUUAAGGACAAAGAAGUGGAAUUGGGAGAAAGUGCACCGAGAAUAUUAUCCAUAGAUGACUACUUUAUGCAAGAAACAGAGAAAAUUGUCAAAGAUCCUGUAACAAGGGCAGAUGUAACAAAAAUUGUAAUGGAGUACGAGUAUGAGGCUGAUUUGGAACCAAAGUAUCGAUCUGAUCUUAUCAAGACAUUUAAGAAGAAUGUGGAGAAUGGUUACUUUCCAUUCAUCAUUGUUGAUGGUGUCAAUGAUCAAGUGCGUCACUUUGAUGACAUGGUAUCAUUCGCUACCCAACGAAAAUUUCAGGUUUACAUUGCCGAAGUUGAGGAAAGUGUAGAAAGUUGUGUGACUCGGAACAUUCAUCAUCGAAAUCGAGAUGACAUUUUGAAGAUUCAUAAGAGCUGGGAAAGAUGUCCUUCUAAUUUUGUAAAAUUGGAUGUGCGAACUUUGUUACAAGAUGAUGCAAUUCAAGAUGUGGAAAUGGAAGAUGUUUCUGACACAGAGAUUGUUGAACCCAAUGUAGAAAAGCCCAAGGAAGAAACUACUGAUCCCGUGAAGGAUAAAUGGGAGGAUGAUGACACAGAAAAUCAGUCGACUAAGCUUCCUGAAACAAGUAAAUGGGAGAAAAUCGAACCUUCUGAAGAAAAAUUAAAUCGACUGGAUGGUUUGGGCCGAAAAAGAUCUGGAAACGAUGAUGAUAAAGUGGAUACUUCUUCGAGUAUUGAAUCAUGGCUAACGUCUCAUCUCCCAGAAGACUACAUAUCUCGUCAGCAGACUAGACCCGGCCAAAAAAGGGUCCGAUGGGCUGACAUUGAAGAAAAACGAGCUCAAGAGAGAAUGAGAGAUGUGGGAUUUGUUGUAGGACAAACGGAUUGGAAUAGAAUGAAUGACCCCACUUUCGGAAGAUCAGCGCUGACGCGUACCAAAUAUAUUUAGAACAUUUCCAAAUUCAUACUGUAACGCAUAUUUCCCAUAAAGUCUGAUUCUCCAAAGUUGACGGCAAUUAAUAGAAUCCUGUAGAUUUAGUUGACCAUACGGAAUUUUCUCCGUCAUUUAUUAACUAAUAUUGUAAAGUCUAACAUUGUAAAAAUUCUUAUCUAUAAAUACACAUGGUAUUAAUACCUAGCUUAGUUUGAGAACAUAUACCUAA